UUUAGCAGCAGACAUGAUCCACAGUGGUGUUCCAGCUGCUUCCAGUUCCCUGUGAAGCGGGCCGGAAUACCGUGUGACUCCUCCGGACCGAGCCUCUUCUGCACAGAGCCGUAUCUGGACCGAACCUCUUCCGGACCGAGCGUCCUCCAGACAGAACCUGCUCUGGACAGAGCCUCCUCCGGACCGAACUUCCCCAGGACCGAGCCUCGCGCAGCAGGAUGUGCUGAUCGCCGCGCUCUCUGCAGAACAAUGAUCUCCGUGGUCUCCUCUGGGGAGGGGGCCGCCAGGGGGACGGGGACUCCGGCUCCGAACCUUUCCCAGCGGAUCAGGAAGGUGUUCAGCAGGGACAUCCUGGUGAACCUGGCCCUGGGUCAGGUCCUGUCCUUAUUGGUCUGUGCCAUCGCUCUGACCAGCAAGUACCUGGCUGAUGACUUCCAUGCUCAAACGCCGGUGUUCCAGAGCUUUCUCAACUACAUCCUGCUGUUCCUAGUCUACACCACCACCUUAGCAGUCAGGCAAGGUGAAGGGAACAUGUUGGCCAUUCUGAGGCAGCGCUGGUGGAAGUACAUGAUUCUGGGUGUGAUAGACAUCGAAGCCAACUACCUGGUCCUUAAGGCGUACCAGUACACCUCCUUGUCCACCAUCCAGCUGUUGGACUGUUUUGUUGUCCCAGUGGUCUUGGUUCUGUCCUGGCUUUUCCUCUUGGUGAGGUACAAGACUGUCCACUUUGCUGGGGUGGGGUUGUGUCUCCUCGGUACCGGCUGUAUGGUGGGAGCUGAUGUCCUACUGGGUCGGCAGCAAGGCCUGGGAGGUCAGAUGUUGUUUGGAGAUCUUCUGGUCCUUGGUGGAGCAGCAUUGCAUGGCAUCUCCAACGUCUGUGAGGAGUUCAUCGUCAAGAACUUUAACCGAGUGGAGUUCCUCGGCAUGAUUGGACUCUUUGGAUCUUUCUUCAGCGGCAUUCAGCUGGCCAUCAUGGAACAUAAAGAACUGCUCAGACUGCCCUGGGAUUGGCAAAUAGGUCUUCUUUACGUUGGCUUCAGUGCCUUCAUGUUCGGCCUGUACAGCUUCAUGCCCAUGGUGAUGAAGAGGACAAGCGCUACCUCAGUCAGCCUCUCUCUGCUCACAGCCAACCUGUACAGCCUCUUCUGUGGACUCCUCCUCUUUAACUACAAGUUCUCUGGACUCUAUCUGCUGUCCUUCUUCAUCAUCAUCUUGGGGCUGCUCGUGUACUCCUCCUCAUCCACCUACGUGGUCCAGGACCCACGAGUCUACAAGCAGUUUGGACACACAGGAGUUCAGCCUGGCACCGAGCCGUGCCCCCUGAGUCCUGUAGACCUGGAGCCCUCCGUCACCUUCACCAGCCUGGGACUUGAGCCAGAGGAUGAGCUUCCUGUCCGAGGACCAUAAGAAGAUCUGGGAUGGAGCUCAAGGAAGAUCAGUUAGCCAGGACAGCCAGAUUUCUGUCAGGAAAUAAAUCUGGCUGUGUUGUCCUUUCAGGUUUAGUCAAAUGCAGUGAUUGUUGAGGCUGAACUGAAGCUGAUCAGAGACUUUAGGAGAUAAACAUCGUGGAAAGAAAUGCUCCUUUUGAUAAUCAGCAAUGUUUAAUAUGCUCAGAAGUGGAUUCAUUUAAUUUCUAAUCAUCUGACUGAUGUGCUCAGAUUUAGUUCAUUUCUCAUGUGUUGGGACUUCUGUACCUCUACUCUGGUAAAAAUAUAUUAACUCCCACCUUCUUCUGCUUUCGGACGUAGUCUUUCUUUCUCAUGUUUCAUUCUGACUGUGUUUUUCUGAAAUUUCUUCUCCUUUUCUCAAAACAGCAAAAUCAAAAUACAAAAUAUAACCUGCAGUACAAAACCUCUGACUAAACACAACUGAUCCAAAACUAUUUCAUCUUUACUCUGAGGUCAGAUAACACAUAAACAUAAGUUUUACUGCAGUCUGGACAGAUCAUUCUACAGAUUCCUGCAUUUAUCCACACAGAUAUCAUGCUGAGGACAUUUCUGUGGCAGGGUGAAGGAAAGGGGAGGUUGGUUGAAGUUAACCUGAGAUAUUCUGUGACUGCUUCAUUUGACAUAAUGAUCCACCUGCAACACAUCCUGAAAUGUUACCAAUUCAGUUCCAUUUAAUUCAGCUAUACUAGUACAGCAUCAUGUCACAACAAGAGUCUUCUCUUUCAAAAGAAAAACUGAGAAGAUUUUUAUUACAAUUCAAUUAAUUGUAAUUUAUGUUUUUAAAAAAAUGAAUCAUAUUUGUUAUAAUGCUCAUUAAACCAACAGAUUGC